AUGCAUUUUGGAGGCAAUAUUUUGAAAGAUGGAAAUGGAAGCCCUAAUCAUACACUGAUCACAGAAUUCAUUCUGCUGGGACUAGGAAACCUUCAUGAGCUAAGGAUCCCUAUGUUUGUGGUAUUCCUUGCAGUCUAUAUAGUAAUAUUAACAGGGAAUAUAAUUAUCAUGGCAGUUGUGUUGACUGACCACAGCCUUCAUACAGCUAUGUACUUCUUCCUAGGAAACCUCUCUUUCUUAGAAAUAUGGUACACCACCAGUGUGGUUCCAAAGAUGCUGAAAACAUUACUGACUGCCCAUGAGGCCAUUUCCUUCUCAGCUUGUCUCCUCCAGUUUUACACCUUUGGCUCUUUGGCAGUUACUGAGUGUUUUCUUCUAGCAGCAAUGUCCUAUGAUCGCUAUGUAGCCAUAUGCCAACCACUGCAUUAUGGAAACUUAAUGAGCUUCAGAGUGUGCGUUCAGCUAGCAAUAGGGUCGUGGAUUGGUGGGUUUCUGACCCCAGUGCUCACCAUAAUAAUGGUUUCUAUGCUGCCUUUCUGUGCUUCUAAUGAGAUCAAUCAUUUUUUCUGUGAUUUGGCCCCUGUCAUCAAACUUGCCUGUGGAGACACACAAAAAGUGAGGUUCCCCUCUUUUCUUAUCUCCAUCCUUGUAACCUUCUCUCCUUUCCUUCUCACUAUUAUAUCAUACUAUAAAAUCGUCUCCACCAUCCUCAAGAUCCCAUCUGCCAAAAGCAAACAGAAAGCCUUUUCCACCUGCUCCUCACAUCUCAUUGUGGUUACAGUGUUCUAUGGGACACUGAUGGUGGUGUAUGGUGUACCUACAACAACUUGGUAUCCCAACUUAAGCAAAGUCUUUUCUAUGCUCUAUACAGUGGGGACACCAAUGGUUAAUCCUAUUAUAUACAGUCUGAGGAACAAGGAUGUCCAGAAUGCAUUGAGGAAGCUUUUGACUAGAAAGCCUAUAUUGCCACUUGAGUGA